AUGGCACCGACAUCACACAGAAAAGUCAGGACUGGUUGUUUCAACUGCAAAAAACGCCGAGUCAAGUGCAGCGAGGAUAAACCGAGAUGUAGGGCUUGCUCUCGCCGAAAUCAGGUCUGUCAGUACCCGCCGAAUGUCAUCGAUGAGAUACCAUCACUACCGGACCGCCCGGCUUUAUUACCAGAGAGGGCGUCAUCAGCCAACGCCGCAUCCGGAGUUCUCUUUGACCUUCAAGAUAUGAGACUACUCCGCCACUGGAUCACAUCGACGAGUCUGAACAUAGCAAAAGGCCCAGAGAUAUGCAACUUCUGGCAUAAUACAGCCACGACCGUUGCCCUUCAACAUCCAUUUGUUCUCCAACAAGUUCUUAGUCUCGCUGCUUUACAUGUCGCAUACCUCAACCCAGCAGAGCAGUCUGAACACAUAGUUAUUGCUGCGUCACACCAUACUAGAUCCCUUCAAGGCUUUCAAUCUGCUAUCACUCAGUGCAAUAACGAUAUCGGAAAAGAUUGUGGAAUAUUCCUAUGGUCUUUGCUGAACCUACUUUAUGUGUUUUCUAUAAUGGGCCGGUUUGGACGUGAUAAUGACACCACCAUUGAAGAUCGAAGGACUCGUGUAUUGGGUGCAGAUUGGAUUCCCUUGACUCGAGGCAUCACUUCCAUCUUCCAAAGCGUCAAAUCCGCCAUCGAGAGCGACACCUUCAAGGUUCUUAGAAGGUUCGGCGGUUGCUGGGAAAGUCUUGACUCAAAAAAGGUGCUGUGUGAGCAAGAUAAGCAUUUUGUUUCACUAGCAAAGAUAUGGGAGGACAACAAUGAUAAAGCAACAUAUGACGAGACUCUCGUGAUUCUUCGCAAAUGUUAUGCUUUCACCAACCUAUUUGAGACUAAGAAUACCGAGCUCGAAACGACAAGCGAGUGGACGAGUCACAAUAGAGUUACCGGGCCUGUCGUAUUUAUAUUGUACACACCUGAACACUAUUUUGUACUCCUCAGACAACGCCAGCCGGCAGCAAUUGUGCUGUUUUCUUUCUUCGGAGCUUUGAUGCACACCCUACAAGAUUGUUGGGCGAUGGAAGGAUGGGGAAAGGAUAUUGUGUCUGUAAGUGAUGACCUACUAGGAGAGUAUUGGAGACCGUGGAUUUCGUGGCCCCUCCAACUCGUGCAACUUGGUGGAAAUCCUUAA